AUCUCAAAAUUUCUUCAAUAUAGAUCUAUAUACAUUUUCAUAAAUCACUCUUUCGCGAUGAGGCAUGUCUUUGUCGAGGUGGUUGUUCUGAUAUCUUUGGUCAUCUUGGAGUUGAGCUAUGCGUUUGCACCAAUCGUAUCGUAUCAAUGGGUCGUCUCUUAUUCUCAACGUUUCAUUCUUGGAAGCAACAAGCAGGUUAUAGUGAUCAACGACAUGUUUCCUGGACCGAUCCUUAAUGCAACAGCAAACGAUAUCAUAAUCGUUAACAUUUUCAACAAUUUGCACGAACCCUUUCUAAUGACCUGGAAUGGAUUGCGAUUGCGGAAGAACUCGUGGCAAGAUGGAGUUCGAGGGACAAACUGUCCCAUACUACCGGGGACAAAUUGGACGUACCGUUUUCAGGUGAAGGAUCAGAUUGGAAGUUACUUUUUCUUUCCGUCGCUUCUACUUCAGAAAUCCGCCGGAGGAUACGGUGCUAUUAGAAUCUAUACCCCCGAACUUGUCCCGGUUCCAUUCCCUAAGCCGGACGAAGAAUACGACAUCUUGAUUGGAGAUUGGUUCUAUGCCGACCAUACAAUUAUGAGAGCUUCACUUGACAUUGGUCACAGCUUGCCAAAGCCUGAUGGUAUUCUUUUUAACGGGCGUGGACCUGAAGAGACCUUCUUUGCAUUUGAACCCGGCAAAACAUAUAGGCUAAGAAUAUCAAACGUGGGUCUCAAAACAUGCUUAAACUUUAGAAUCCAAGACCAUGAUAUGCUUCUAGUUGAGACAGAGGGUACGUAUGUUCAGAAACGUGUUUACUCGAGCCUGGACAUCCACGUAGGCCAGUCAUACUCUGUUCUUGUCACUGCCAAAACCGACCCGGUUGGCAUUUACCGGUCCUACUACAUAUACGCCACAGCCCGGUUCACUGAUUUCUACCUUGGCGGUAGAGCUUUAAUUCGAUAUCCCAAUUCCCCACUUGACCCCGUCGGACCAGAUCCACUCGCACCUGGUUCGUGGGAUUACGCUUCCUCGGUUGAACAAGCCCUUUCCAUUAGAAUGGACCUAAACGUUGGAGCAGCAAGAUCGAACCCACAAGGUUCGUACCACUACGGACGUAUAAACGUAACCAGAACAAUAAUAUUACAUAACGACGUUAUGCUGUCGUCGGGCAGACUACGUUAUACGAUUAACGGCGUUUCGUUUGUCUACCCCGAUACUCCGUUAAAGCUCGUUGAUCAUUUCCAGCUAAAUGACACGAUUAUCCCCGACAUGUUCCCGGUUUAUCCAUCCAACAAAACACCGAGUCUUGGAACUUCAGUGGUAGAUAUUCAUUACAAAGAUUUUGUCCACAUCGUGUUCCAGAACCCUCUAUUUGAAUUGGAGAGUUAUCACAUCGAUGGUUACAAUUUCUUCGUUGUCGGAUAUGGAUUUGGAGCUUGGUCUGAGAGCAAAAGAGCUGGAUAUAACUUAGUGGACGCUGUUUCACGGUCAACAAUUCAGGUUUAUCCAUAUUCGUGGGCAGCAAUACUAAUAGCUAUGGAUAAUCAAGGAAUGUGGAACGUGAGAUCACAGAAAGCAGAGCAAUGGUAUCUUGGUCAAGAGCUUUAUAUGAGAGUUAAAGGUGAAGGACAAGAAGAUCCUUCGAAUAUUCCGAUCUCAAAUCUUCAUCGAUCAAUCAUCAUCAUGAGAGAGAUCCUUCACGUUCAAGGCGGUCAAUGCGGUAACCAAAUCGGUUCCAAAUUCUGGGAAGUUAUCUGCGACGAACACGGCGUUGAUCCCACCGGUCGUUACAACGGUGAUUCCGCCGAUCUUCAGCUCGAGCGUAUCAACGUUUAUUACAAUGAAGCUUCUGGUGGUAGAUACGUUCCUCGUGCUGUUCUUAUGGAUCUCGAGCCUGGUACUAUGGAUAGUAUCAGAUCUGGUCCCUACGGUCAGAUUUUCCGUCCUGAUAACUUUGUCUUUGGGCAAUCCGGCGCCGGAAAUAAUUGGGCGAAAGGUCAUUAUACCGAAGGUGCUGAGCUUAUUGAUGCUGUUCUCGAUGUUGUUCGUAAAGAAGCUGAGAACUGUGAUUGCCUUCAAGGGUUUCAAGUAUGUCACUCUCUUGGAGGAGGCACAGGUUCUGGAAUGGGAACUCUUUUGAUAUCAAAGAUCCGUGAGGAGUAUCCAGACAGGAUGAUGCUCACAUUCUCUGUUUUCCCAUCUCCAAAGGUCUCAGACACUGUCGUUGAACCGUAUAAUGCAACUCUCUCAGUCCACCAGCUCGUAGAGAACGCUGAUGAAUGCAUGGUCCUUGACAACGAAGCUCUCUACGAUAUCUGUUUCCGCACUCUCAAACUCAGCACUCCUAGCUUUGGAGACUUGAACCACUUGAUCUCUGCAACCAUGAGUGGUGUGACUUGCUCUUUAAGGUUCCCUGGACAACUCAACUCUGACCUUAGGAAACUCGCCGUGAACCUUAUCCCAUUCCCUCGUUUACAUUUCUUCAUGGUGGGUUUCGCCCCUCUCACUUCCCGUGGCUCCCAACAGUACAUUUCCCUCACAGUCCCCGAGCUGACACAGCAAAUGUGGGACGCCAAGAACAUGAUGUGCGCAGCUGAUCCGCGCCACGGACGUUACCUCACAGCCUCCGCCAUGUUCAGAGGAAAAAUGAGCACAAAGGAAGUGGACGAACAAAUCCUGAAUGUCCAGAACAAGAACUCAUCAUACUUUGUUGAAUGGAUCCCAAACAAUGUGAAGUCCAGCGUCUGCGACAUUCCACCAACUGGAAUCAAAAUGGCUUCUACGUUUGUCGGAAACUCGACUUCGAUCCAGGAAAUGUUCAGGAGAGUGAGCGAACAGUUCACGGCUAUGUUCAGGCGUAAAGCUUUCUUGCAUUGGUACACAGGUGAAGGAAUGGAUGAGAUGGAAUUCACUGAAGCAGAGAGUAACAUGAAUGAUCUUGUGGCUGAAUACCAGCAAUACCAAGAUGCUACCGCUGAUGAAGAAGGCGAGUACGAAGAUGAAGAAGAAGAAGUUUACGAAUCUUGAUUUCGUAAUCUCUCAGAUUGGUUCAGAGAACAACACAAACCAAAAGAUUAAAAAAACAGAAGUCAAUUCAUCUCCAUGUCUCUAUUCCUAUUAUUACCACUAUAUAUAUACAUGUAUCAAGUUGAAGAAACUGGGAAAUGUGUUUGUUUGUUUGUUACUUUUUUCUUUGUGGUUCUCUCUUAUUGUAUUUUGCCAUUUAGUUUCUUCUUUUCUUCUCAUUGCCUUUGUAAUAAAUAAUAUGUCCACGU